GGGAUGUUACACAGCAAGGAGAUCUGACACUGACGCUUGGGCUGGGGCGAGCCUUGCCUCCGGACUGGCACAUACAUGUGUCUCCUCGUGAAUAGUCGGGAUGCUUCCCAACAGCAAACAACGUGCGCGAACCAAGUCAUCACGAACCUAUGCCCACAACCAUGGCAUGCCAAUCUACUUUGAAGGUUGCUGCAUACAAACGUGAUUCCGACGGUCUGCUUGAGUUCGGUCUCUCAUGUAGCUCAGACACUGUGGGCCGCUGCGAGCUGGAAUACCUGGCCGAAGGUGGCGCAAAUGUCCUGUUCAUGAUCAGAUUAGAAGCUACUUGCGGCAAUGAAUGCACCCAGAGCCAGGUCACUGGCAAACUGUUGCGUCUCAGAAAGGCGAAUAAAGGUCCUCAGCCAAGUACGCAGGAGGUCUUCCAGACCAUUAAGCAGGUCUUUGAGCCACUCUUCACAGCCCACCAGGUCUUGGAACACGAGCUGGUAGCGCUGAGCCCACAACUCAUCAUGGUGCUAGAUCAACAUCUGAGCAGGCUUGCCCGCCCACAAGCGAGAGUGGGCGAACAUCUAGAUGAGAACGAGGCCUUUGGGAUCUUAGUCCCGGACAUGACCCCAGAACCCGAGGAGGAGCUUCUGCAAUUCAAGCCGAAAUGGCUAGCUCAGUCACCGAGUGCGCCGUUGGAAUCACGCAGAUGUCGGACAUGCGCUUUCCGAGCACGGCGAAAGGCGUCAAGUUGCACUACAUCGACUGAUGCACAGGAAGUGUGCCCAUUAGCGCUGGUCAGCACUUCUCAAGAGAUUCGAGCGCUCGCAGCCACGGCACUUACCUCAGAUACCAGGCUUCAGGCCUAUGUUACAGAUAAGCCGCCAAUUCUUAGCACCCUCCUACAAAAACAGCAAUCACUCGACCCAAACGGCGUUCUACGAGUCGGGGAUGAAGCAGAGGAGAUAGCCCGUCUAACGCAGGCCAUGACCCUAAGAGACUGCACACUCUUCGUGCUGGCAGGACGAUCUGAGAUAGUUGCCAGGCUAGGUGACCUGGAUCUCAAAGACGCCGGGAAAAUCGCGAAAUGGCAAAUUGCGGAGACAACCUUGAUCACCGAAGGAUGGUAUACGAACGAGGAAGCUCCGGGCAUGUGGCAGCCGGAAACGAUAUGCUGUUUGCGGCCGCCGCAGCCCCCCGUCAAGGCGCCCUAGACGGUGUCCGGUACACACGACAACAUCUAGGGUAAUGUCGGUGAAUGCUUCCCGCAGUCGGAGUAACAAGGGUCUGCGACUCCUCAGUCUAAGGAGGUUGUAGAUUCUCU